AUGACUACAGCUGCGGGAUCAUUGCAAAUCAAGGGAUCGAGUAGAGUAAUCUCCGAUUAUUUUGAAAUUUGUAUCCAUAACAUCCUCUUCCAAAGACAUAUUUAUCCAAAGGAAGAAUUUAAAGUUAUUAGAAAAUUUGGUCUAAAUCUGGUAUUCUCCAAGAACGAAGAGGUAAUUAAAUAUAUCAGUCAGGUUAUUUCACAGUUACACAGGUGGAUAUUUACUGGGAAGAUAAGCUGGUUAACUUUACUGAUUGUAUCUAAAGAAAGCGAAAAAAUUAGUGAAAAAUGGAUGUUUAAUAUUGAUAUAAUAGAUCGAGGGAAUGAACAGAGAGAAUCUAGCAAACCUAUAGCAGAUAUUCAGCAAGAGAUUCAGGUGAUAAUAAGACAGAUCAGCUCAUCUGUCGCCAUUCUACCUGAGUUUGAAGAGCCUCAAACUUUCAAGAUUUUAGUUCAUACGGUAGGUGAUCUUAAGCCUCCAAAAGAUUGGGAUGAUGCAAAACCGUUUGAAGAAAUCGAUUCCCGGAAUGGGGAAAUUGAAAAUGUGAAGUUCAAUGAGUUUCAAACAAAUAAUCAUAACAUCUCUACGUAUGUUACUUAUCAGCAUAGGAAUCAAUAA